AUGGAGAUCUUCGCCGGGUCCGGGUCCAUGUCGCGCGCGCUGCGGGACGGCGGCGUCUCCAUCGUCGCCACCUGCGAGAACGACCCGCGCAAGGCGGGCGCCCUCGCGAACAACCUUCCCGACGUCCACAACUACGGCGACAUCCACGACGACUCCAUCGUGGGCCACGUCUGGAACCCGCGGAGCGUCAGCGCCAUCGCCGCCGGCGUCGAAUGCCAGGACUACAGCAAGGCCGGCGCCCGGCGCGGCCUCGGAGGGCCCAAACGCCGCACGCUCGAACGCUUCGCGCACGUCGUGCGCUGCAUCGGCCCGCACCUGCUGCUCGUCGAGAACGUGUGGCCGUUCGUCGUCAUGCUCGGCCUGGCCUACCUCGUGUCGCUCCUCUCCGCCCCCAGGCGGAAUGGCGAGUCGCGGUACAUCCUGCGGCUCCCCACCGGCGUCGAGGAGGCGGAGCUCAGCAAGAGCUCGCUGCACGGCCCGGUCUACCGCGACCGCAUGCUCGCGUACUUCGAGCGCGACGACGUCUCACCGCUGCUGCCGCCCCCCGCGCCGCUCAUCGCGCCCAAGAUCGCGGAGCGACGGACGCUCGUCUCGUGCCUGCGGGCCGCAGACGAGGUCCCCGACGACGCGUUCUGGGAAGGACGCUUCGAGCGCCUCUCCACGCCGCGCCGCGCCUACAGCGGGCGCGAGGACAGCCCGCUGGUCGUCGCUCGCCUCCACUACGACCCGGAGUCGGCCGUGCGCGAGGGGUCCGUCGUCAGACUCCGCGGCGACGGCCGGCGCUGGGUCGUGCUCACCGCCGACGUGACACUGCACGUCAUCGCCUACGACCGGCGCCACCCGACGCAACGCCGCGGCGUGCCCCGCGAGCGCGUCUCCGAGCACGUCCACUACGCCUACGACGUCUUCGACACGACCAAGCUCCUGUCGCCGCGCAAGGACGGCCAGCCGCCGUACGGAGGCACCAUGCUCCUCGAGCGGCCGUCCCACCCGGGACGCGCGUCCCGCGUGCUCCCCGACGAGGCGGCCCGCGCCAUGGGCAUCGACAUCACGGGCAUCGCCGAGCACGACGUCCAGUACGUCGUCGGCGACGGCGUCACGGACGUCUACAAGAUGCAGGCCGCGGCCCGCAUCAUGGAGCGCGCGACGAUGCUACACAAGGUCCUCCACGAACGGUCCCACGCGGCGUCGGUCGCCGCGCCGCUCCUGGCGGCCCCCGCGUCCCCGCCGCUGCGGCACCCCACGGCCGGGCCAAACGCGCCGCCGCUGAUGGCGCGCGGCCUCGGCCGGGACGCGAACGUCGUCCACGCUGCGAUUGGGCACCCGGCCCAGGACCGCUUCCGCGACACGGUCAAGGGGCUGCGCGUCAAAGUCGACGGUACCGUCGACUGCGCCGUCUGCAAGAUCUCUCGCAUGGUCAAGAGCGGGUCCGCGCGCAAGUCGCGGACCCAGAACCCGCCGGCGGUUCGGCGGCCACCGCCGCCGCCUCAUCCGCCCCCGGCACCUCCGGGCGGCCAGCCCGCGAAGCAGCGGCCGCCGACGCUGCGCCUCGACCUCUUCGGAGCCCACAGCGACAUCCCGUCGCGCACGCGGUCCCAGUACUUUCUCACGGCCACGCUCAACACGAACCCGCCCCACCGCGUCGGCGUCGGCCUCCGCCUCAAGAGCGAGGCCGUCGGCGAGCCCGGCGGCUUCUCCGGCCUCCGCAUGAUCUACAACGCGUACGCCGCGAAGGGCAUCCGCGUGCGCAUCGUCGAGCACGACGACGGCGGCGAGUUCGUGAGCAACAAGGCCAGCGCGCUCUACGCGCAGCUCGGCGUCGCGAGCCGGCCCAGACCCUCGGAGCGCCACUGCGAGGCCGCGGAGCGCACAAACCGGGCCGUCUACGGCCUCACACGGGCAAUGAUGCACGCGGGCUCCGUCCCGGACAACCUCUGGGAGGACGCCGCGUGCCACGCCGUCGAUUGUUUGAAUCUGCACUUUCACGGCGACAUCAACGCCCACUACGCGGCCUUCCAGGAGGACGUCGACCUGUCGACGUUCUACCCCUUCUACGCGCACGUCGCGUUCUUCGACAUGCACCGGUCCGAGCGCUUCCGCACUUCCGGAGCCCUCGGCCGGUACCUCGGCGCGGCACGAAACUACGGCUUCGGCGCCAUCCGCGUCCAG